AUGUUCAAGUUUUUUGCAGUUACUAGGAAGCUCAUUGGCGGCCAUGAUGACACCACCCGAAGGCCGCAAGAGCGAGAAGACGAGAAAGAUGCAGCAGCGGCGGCGGCGGCGGCGGAGGAUGCCGCGGAAUUCACCAGAUUCCUUAGUCUACCUUCAAGUGAAGGGAUUUGCCUCGAGUUGGAAAAACUGGAGAGUCGGUGCGAGUCAUCUAGCCAUGCAAAUUCGUAUUCGUCAGACACCGGCCUGGAAGGAUCUGUGUUGAAGCUGCUUCGUGGCGAAUCUUCUCAGCCUGCUUUACCCGCACGGCUACUGACACUGCUGCUUCAGCGUCUGGAGUACGCUUGUGUCCAUUUUGAGGAAAGAGAAUUUGCCGACUUCUUGCAGGACUCACUUCUCGCCCUGCAUGCGAUACUCAUGACAGAUGAAGCGAGAUUUGGUUCGAUGAUGCUGAAACUUGGAAUCGAUCGUCAAUUAUUGCUUGUACUUCAAUUUGUUUACACAAAUCUGAUGGGUCGAAUCACCGCAUGGACGAAUACAACAGCGAUAACGACGGUGCCUGACACGGACAUCCCACUUGAGAGCCAGAUCGAAACCCCAUUCGACGCAAGAACAAGUUGUUUUUCAAAUACCAUGUUGCAAACCAAUUUUUUGCGGCGGGGUACGAUGAUACGCAUUCUUCAUGAAACGAUGCAGCUGUUGUUGACCCUUCACUUUGGAACUACAUCCACAGCUGCUGGUGCCACGGGGAUCUCACCUAGGUCUGGUAACGAGGGAGCUGAUCCGUUAUCGAGCGGACAACACCAUCUUGAAGUUUUUGACAACGCCACAAUUGCCUUCUUCCCCCACCACAGAGAUGGCAUUUGGGGUUUCCAGUGCAGGAGAUCCUUUAGCGUGUUGCGAGGGAAUGCUGAAAGGGUGUGGACAUCUUUUUUUGUGUCUCUCAAAAGGUGCGCUAGACCUAAGUGUGCAAGAUGA